AUGCAUAUUAAUAAAUGUUUACUUUUUAAGGUUCUUGCUUUAAGCGCGGUGUUAGCGGUGGCCAGCGCUGGUCUCCUGGGUUACUCAUCUGCCGCUGCAGUUUCCUCCCAAAACAUCGUUCGUCACGGACAGGCUAUUGCUCCCGCACGUCUGGCCUACCAAGCUGCCCCUGCUCUAGUCGCUCCCGUCGUCCACGCUGCUCCCCUUAUCCACGCUGCCCCAGCCCGCGCCAUCAUCGCCCAACACGAGGAAUACGACGCACACCCCAGCUACGACUUCGCCUACUCCGUAGCCGACGGCCACACCGGUGACAACAAGUCCCAGCACGAGAGCCGCGACGGAGAUGUUGUACGUGGUGAAUACUCCCUGGUUGAAGCUGACGGCUCAAUCCGCCGCGUAGAGUACACCGCUGAUGCACACAACGGCUUCAACGCCGUCGUCAGCAACUCUGCACCCGCUCACGCCACCCCCGCAUACGCCCCAGCUGCUGUUCUCGCCCACCAUUAA